GGGAGAAGCCUGGGCCACCCACUGCAAGGAAGCAGAACAGAAGGAGAAGGGGAGCGAGGGAGAGAAGGAGCAGAAAGGGGAGGGCAAAGCUUUCGGGAAAAGACAAAGAGAAGGAGAACAGGGGGACAGGGAGCCCAAGGGAGCCCAGCGCAAAGCCCAGAAAAGAGGAGGAGAAAAGGAGGGGAGGGGAAAACAAAGAGACCGGCGGCAGAACCGCUCGAAGAACUCAGGGAAGGAAAGGAGGAGAAGCCGGCCCUUGAAAUGGAGGGGAGAACGAAAAGGGAAAAAAAGACCGGCGGCGGAGCCGCUCCAGGACCCCAGGAGCGGGAACAAAGGGAAGAAGGCGCCAAGGGGGCAGGCGAGAGACGAGGACAGCGCGGCGAAGGAGGACAAGGAGGGCGCAAGGAAGAGGGGCGGCAAAUGGCCCCAAAGCAACAAAGAAGAGAGAGACAGCAGCAACGACAGGAGACGAAACCAAAAAGGGAGGAGGACGCCAAGGAAGUGAAGAAGACGGGAGAGAAGGGCAGAGAGCUUAGCAGGGGGACACCUAGGCGAAACCAGGCCAAAAAGACCAAGGAGGGAACGGAACAACAGAAAGAAGGACGCGGCGGAAGUGGCGGGGCUGCUUAA